AUGGCAAACACUACACCCGGCAGCGCACCACACGAUACCAGCUACACCAUCGCCAACUCCAUGGCCAACAUCGACAAUACACAGUUAAACACAGACUACAACUCCAUGGCCGGCUCGCGCCCGGUCUCCUACAUUGCGAAUUCGUCAAUUGGGCCGUCAGACUUCCACGUCCGCAACAACAUCCCAGACGCGUCCCCUCUCAGCCAGCAGCAGCAGCAGCAGCAGCAGCAACAACAACAACAACAGCCUGUUCCCCAUCAGUCUCGGUUCCAGGAAGUGCUCUCAGUCAGCCGGCGAGGUUCCGUUAUGGACGGCGGUUCCGUCAGAGAAGGUCCGCGUACGGACUCUCCGGUUUCGACAUCAAAUACACAUCCCAUUUCGCUUCCGUCUCGGAGCUCGACGCUCAAGAAAAAACCGUCUCUUAGCAAGAAGGCCAGUUUGCGGCGGGGAGGCAGCCGCAAGAGUAGCCGGGCCGGUAGCGUGCGCAGCAUGAACCUGGGCGAGAAGGAGAAGUAUGGAGUUGCGCAGGACGAGACCAAUAGCGCAUUCUAUGUUCCCAUUCCAACCGGUGGGAAUCCGACUGACGUCCUCGCUGCUCGGUUUCAAGCUUGGAGAAAAGUGCUAAAGGACCUGGUCGCAUUCUUCCGUGAUGUCCAGCGCUCAUGUGAAACGCGCGCAAAGAGUCUCAUCUCCGCUUCAAACGCUAUAAACAAUAUAUCCAUGCCACCAAUGUUUUUAAUCUCCGGUGGCAUAUCGGAUGCGACGGAGAUCUUAAAGGACUAUCAUAAACAGGCAUUGCAUGAGUCCAACAAGGCUAGAGAGAUGGAGACCGAGAUCAUCAUGCAGCUCAACGGACUACGGGCAGAUCUAAGCCAGAAAAUAAAAGAAAUCAAGAACCUGUCUGGAGACUUUAAGAAUACCGUCGACAAGGAGGUUGAAAUUACUCGAAAGGCCGUCAAGCAUCUACAUGAGGCGCUGGGUCUGGUAGACAGUGAUGCUGCUGCUACGUCGGGUAAAGGCGAUCCGUUUCUGCUUCGGAUGAGCGUUGACAGGCAGUUGGAGAGGCAGAUUGAGGAAGAGAAUUAUCUACAUCGAGCGUAUCUAAACCUUGAAAGGUCUGGACGAGAACUCGAAUCAAUCGUUGUGGGUGAAAUACAGAAAGCAUACAAUGUGUAUGCCAGCAUUUUGAAGCGAGACGCCGAUUCCGCUUACCAUGCGGUGGAGAGACUCAAAGAAGGGCCUAUUUCUAUUCCCAAGGACCAUGAGUGGCGUUACUUCAUCGACCAGACUGACCAGAUGGUCGAUCCUGACCUGGAUUUGAGAGAUUUGGCAAACAUAACAUACCCCGGAAAAGAUCACCCGGCUGCGGCAGAGGUGCGCGCAGGCAUGCUGGAGAGGAAGAGCAAGUAUUUGCGAAGCUACACUCCUGGAUGGUACGUGCUGUCGCCCACUCAUUUGCAUGAGUUCAAGUCGGCAGACCGAAUUGCAUCCCAGCACCCUGUGAUGUCUCUGUAUCUCCCCGAGCAAAAGCUUGGAUCCCACUCAACUCCCGAAUCGUCAUCUCAUAAAUUCAUGCUCAAGGGCCGUCAGACGGGAUCAAUGCACCGGGGACAUGCUUGGGUAUUCCGUGCUGAAUCCCAUGAAACGAUGCUAGCCUGGUACGAUGACAUCAAAGCUCUGACCGAAAAGACUGGUGCUGCAAGAGAUGCGUUUGUACGAAAACAUGCUCGCUCUUACAGUGGCGCCAGCUACCGAACUGCUUCCAUCAGCAGUGACGGAGUCAUGGACGAAGACGAAGCCGAUAAGACUCCCUAUUCGGCAGACCAUUUGAUACAGAGACAACAUUCUCCCGUAAGCGAAGCCACCACCACCACCGGCUCUCAAUGGCGACGCCAGAGAAGCGUUGGCCGAUUCCCAAGCGAUGUCCAGAUUAACCAGCACCUGAACGCACCACUCUCGCCUUCCAGCUCUGAGAAUCGCGACAGUAGCAAUGCUAUGCCGUUCUCCAACUCAGCCAAUCACAGCCACAAUAGCAUCGGCAACGAACAAAGACAAAGCCUGCAGUUCAACCAAGGCAUAAACGAUCUUCCGAGCCGGACAUCAAUGGACAGUGAAUCUAGGUCCGGUAGACCAAUAUUCGACAGACGCCGCUCGCAAGUCAAAUAUGAAGACUGGGCGCAACCACAUCACCACCCACGACCAAUCACAAUAUCCUCCCACGGUGGAGAUACCAGCCGCACCGUGCAACAAACUCCUUCUCCACUCUCGGAAUCUCCCUUGCGCUACAGCCAGGGGCCGCCGCUCGGGGAUCUCACGGACCAUGAUCAUCAUCACCCCCCGCCAACAUCCCAUCCACAUAUCACAAACCAUGACAUAAAACCAGAUGGCAUUAACGGAACCGCGCAUCAUCUAGACGGCAACGGAAGAGAUAUCGAACCCAUCGUCACUGACGGAGUUACCAACAAUAGAUCAUCGCUCUACCCAACUUCACCUCUCGAGCAACCCAUGAGUCGAACUUCAACAAUGGACCUGAAAGUUCCCGGCCAGUUUCCUCAAAAAUCCUAA